AUGGCAUCUGCUCUCGAUGUCCUCUUCCUCAGGCAAGAAUACCCCAAACCCACCAUCUGGGUGAGCCCCAGCAGCGUGGUGGCGCUCGGGGGAAACGUCACCAUCCGCUGUGAGGGUUUGUACUCGGGCAUGGAGUUCUUUCUGCGUAAAAUUGGACACCCGAACCCGCAGAGGCAGCCGGUGCCUGAUGGGACCGUGGCUGAAUUUCCCAUCGCCAAUGUCAGCCGGGAAGAUGGAGGGAGCUACACCUGCGACUAUCGCUCCAUAACGGAUCAGAAUCGCACAUCGCAUCCCAGCGACCCCGUCAAGAUCAUUGUAGGAGAGGGCUCGGGGCCGAGGGGCUUGUCAGCUGGCUCUGGCCCCUCCCCACUCCCCUGGAAACCCAGUACUCAGUCGGGAGCUGUGCUGGGGAGGGGAAGGUGGCUGGGUCGUCGUGUCGGCUCCUCCCCCGCCUGGGGCCUGCGUCUCACGGCCUGUCUGCUUCCCACUGCAGAGCCCAGCUACCCCAAACCCAACAUCUCCCUGAGCUCCAGCGGGGGGGUCUCCCCAGGGGGAGCCGUGAGCGUCUGGUGUCGGGGGCAGCCCCGGGGCGUGAGGUUCGUGCUGAAUAAAGAGGGACGCCAUUUCCAGCCUGUGGAUUCGGACGACAAUGAGGCUGUGUUUCCCAUCAGCAACAUGCACCGGGAGGACGGGGGGAGCUACAGCUGCUCCUAUCACAGCAGAUCGGAGCCACACGCCGUGUCGUACCCCAGCGACCCCGUGGAGCUGGUGCUGAGAGAUCCCAGCUUACCCAGACCCUCCAUCUCGCUGAGCCCCACUGGGGUCACCGCCCCAGGGGCAGACGUCACCAUCCGGUGUCAGGGGCAGCGCCGGGAUGUGAGGUUCUUCCUGCACAAGGCUGGAGACCUGAACCUGCAGCGACGCGUGGCCUCUGAUGAGGACUGGGCCGAGUUCCUCAUCACCACCGUGGGCCAGCAGCAGGGAGGGAGCUACAACUGCAGCUACCGGCCCCAAUCAGAGCCCUUCGUCUCCUCACAGCCCAGCGACCCUGUGCAGCUGGUGGUAGCAGAUCCCAGCUUACCCAGACCCUCCAUCUCUCUGAGCCCCACUGGGGUCACCGCCCCAGGGGCAGACGUCACCAUCCGGUGUCAGGGGCAGCGCCGGAACGUGACGUUCUUCCUGCACAAAGCUGGAGACCUGAACCUGCAGCGACAAAUGGACCCUGCUGGGGACGGGGCCGAGUUCCGCAUCCCCACCAUGGGCCAGCAGCACCGAGGGAACUACAGCUGCAGCUACCGGCUCCAAUCAGAGCCCUUCAUCUCCUCGCAGCCCAGCGACCCCGUGCAGCUGGUGGAAGCAGGGUAAGGACCAGCCCCGAGACAGAGCAGAUGAGACCCCAGCUCUGCUUCCCACACCGAUCUACCUGCCCUAGGAUUCAGGACUCCUGGGUUCUCUCCCCGGCUCGGGAUGGGAAGUGGUGUCCAGUGGUUACACCAGGGGGGCGAGGAGGUUUUAAUGUUGUACUUUUUAGUUAUUUUCCUAAUGAUAGGUUGAUUCUCAUUAGUUGAUAACCAUUAAAAAUGUUGAUUUGCAACUAAAUAUAGUCUUUACACUAAAUCUGAUGGCAAACUAUAUCUAUCCAUGUUGAUUGAAGCAGUUAUAUGGAGUCAUUUACAUUUCUUCAGUCUAAUUUUUACAUUUUGAUUAUGUUGGAAAAUGGCAAAUGAUACAUUUAUUUCCUAGAUUAUGAUGAUUUUUUUACUUCUGAUUUGUCCAAGCUCUGGUGGAUGGAAAUUCAAAUGCACUCAAAAAUGCACAGAAACAGCAUUUUCAAUAUGUUUAUUAAUUAAAUAAAACUACCUUAAAUGUGCUGAAUACAUAAUAAAAAAAAAGUGGAUCGAAACGUAUUUUUCAUUUGAACCUAACUGAUGUAAGGAGGUAUCUGCAGUUAGUGACAUCAACUGAUUGUUUCUGGUCAUCGUAUCAUUGAAGUGAUGC